AUGGGUAACCAUACUUGGCCACAUCUUAACUUUGUGAGGUUCUACUUGCCACUUCUUGGCAUUGAAAAUCACGAGCGGAUCGUUUACCUGGAUGAUGAUGUCAUAGUGCAAGGAGAUAUACAGGAACUGUAUAACAUAAAGCUGAAAGCGGGACACGCUGCUGCGUUCGCCUCAGACUGUGAUCUGCCCCCCACACAUGAGAUGGUGCGCAGUGUGGGGAUGCAGACAACUUAUAUGGGCUUUCUGGACUACCGCAAAGAGGAAGUCAGAGAGCUGGGCAUCAACCCCAGCGACUGCUCCUUUAAUCCAGGUGUUUUUGUAGCAGACAUUGGUGAAUGGAAAAGGCAAAAAAUAACUAAACAGCUGGAGAAAUGGAUGGCUAAGAAUGUCAGGGAGAAUCUGUACAGCAGUGCCAUGGCA